GGCGCAGGGAGAACCAGCAAGCUGCCUCGGGCUCGGAGAGCCCCUUUCGGAGGGGAGAUGUUAGAAAGCAGACGCGGGUUUCUAGGCCCGGAGCUCCGGCAUCCUCCGGCUCCAGCGCUGCGUCGCAUCCGGAGCCCACUCACUCGCUGCAGCUGGGAUUCCGGGAGCGGAAGAUGCUCGCGGUGCCCGCUGUAUUGUGUGUGUGUGCAGCCGCUUGGUGCAGUCAGGCUCUGGCGGCCGCCGCGGCCGUGGCUGCGGCCGGGGGGCGGUCGGACGGCGGUAAUUUUCUGGAUGAUAAACAAUGGCUCACCACAAUCUCUCAGUAUGACAAGGCAGUCGGACAGAGGAACAAAUUCCGAGACGUACAAGGAACCAUCUUCCCAGCUCCCAAUUUCAACCCUGUAAUGGACGCUCAAAUGCUAGGGGGAGCACUCCAAGGAUUUGACUGUGAUAAAGAUGUGCUGAUCGACAUUCUAACACAGCGCAGCAAUGCACAGAGACUGAUGAUUGCAGAGGCAUACCAGAGCAUGUAUGGCCGGGACCUGAUGUGGGAUCUGAAGGAGCAACUUUCCUCUCACUUCAAAGACGUCAUGGUUGGUCUCAUGUACCCACCACCAGCUUAUGAUGCUCACGAACUCUGGCAUGCCAUGAAGGGAGCAGGGACUGAUGAGAAUUGCCUCAUUGAAAUACUGGCUUCUAGGACAAAUGGAGAGAUAUUCCAGAUGCGAGAAGCCUAUUGUUUGCAACAUAGCACUAACCUUCAGGAGGACAUUUACUCAGAAACCUCGGGACACUUCAGAGAUACUCUCAUGAACUUGGUCCAGGGAAGCAGGCAGGAAGGAUACAGUGACCCUGCUAUGGCUGCCCAGGAUGCAAUGGUCCUGUGGGAAGCCUGCCAGCGGAAGACGGGUGAACACAAGACCAUGCUACAGAUGAUCCUGUGCAACAAGAGCUACCAGCAGCUCUGGCUGGUUUUCCAGCAAUUUCAAAAUAUUUCUGGACAAGACCUGGUUGAUGCCAUCAAUGACUGCUAUGACGGGUACUUUCAGGAGCUGCUGGUCGCCAUUGUUCUCUGUGUUCGAGACAAACCAGCCUAUUUUGCUUACAAACUGUAUACUGCAAUUCAUGACUUUGGUUUCCACAAUAAAACAGUAAUCAGGAUUCUCAUUGCCAGAAGUGAAAUCGAUCUGCUGACCAUUAGGAAACGCUACAAAGAGAGAUACGGGAAGUCCCUGUUUCACGAUAUCCAACCUGCCCUGGGAUCGCUCCCAGCCGAAGCCUCCUCUGGUCCGCUCCCCGCGGCUCCUUCCGUGCUUCGCUCCGAAGCCUCUACCGGUCCGCUCUCCGCGGCUCCUUCCGGGCUUCUACUUCCCCCCAGGGGUGGCACCAGUAUAUAUACGGAUACAGUGUCCAAUCAUAUUAAAAAUUUUGCUUCAGGACAUUAUAAGAAAGCGUUGCUUACCAUCUGCGCUGGUGAUAUGGAUGACUACUAAAUCAAACUAAAAUCAAGAGGUUAAGAGAAGGAAGAAUUUGGAGGAGUACUUCUGUAGACACAUCAAGAUUUAGAAUUAGUCUAUGCUGUUAAUAUUAUAACAGAACUAUACAAUCAUAUUUUCUCUCAUAUCUUUAAAAUUACUUCAAGCCAAAAGAAUCUAUAGCUAAAAAUGUAUGAUCUUGGAUUUGCACCUAUUUUUUAAUCAGCAAUUAAUUAAACUAUGUGUGGUGAAUUGAUAA